AUGAGGUCUGCUGUCAUUCUCGCCCUUUCGGGAUCUUCCCUUGCUCUGCCCUUUGGCGGUGCCAUGAACUCCAUGUUUGGUGCUAAGGAGGCCCGUGAGGCUCAGGCUCCUCCACCAGAGAACAUGCCCAACUUCCCAGGUGCUGGUUUCCCAGCUCCUACUGGAACUGGUGUACCUUCUUUCCCUAUGCCCACUGGAGGUUUCCCUGGUGGUGCCCCAGGAGGCCAACCUGGAGGCCAGCCAGGCGGUGGCUUCCCCGGUUUCCCUGGAGGCCAGCCAGGAGGCCAGCCAGGUGGUCAGCCCGGAGGUCAGCCUGGUGGAGGUUUCCCUGGAUUCCCUGGAGGUCAGCCCGGUGGUCAACACGGAGGCCAACACGGAGGUCAGAACGGUGGUCAGAACGGUGGAGGUUUCCCCGGUUUCCCCGGAGGUCAACACGGAGGCCAGCCAGGUGGUCAGCCCGGAGGUCAGCCUGGUGGAGGUUUCCCUGGAUUCCCUGGAGGUCAGCCCGGUGGUCAACACGGAGGCCAACACGGAGGUCAGAACGGUGGCCAGAACGAUGGAGGUUUCCCUGGCUUCCAAGGAGGCAAGCCCCCAACCGUAAAGAGGCUCGCAGUCAACUACGGCCUUGCUCCCACUCUACACAAGAGAGGAGAGGCCGCUACUCCUACUCUGCCAGAAUUUCAACUCUUUUCCAAGGACGCUGGUGCUGCACCAGCUACCGGCUCUCCUGCUGAAGGUGGCUCUCCAUAUGGCGACGAGCCUGCUGGAGGUGCCCCAACUGAUGGUGCUCCUGCCGACGGUGCUCCUACGGGUGGUACUCCUGAGGCUGGUGCUCCCGGUGCUGGUGCUCCUACUGAAGGUGCCCCAGAAUCUGGUGCUCCUGAUGCCGGUGCUCCCACCGAUGGCGCUCCUGAGUCUGGCUCUCCUGAGUCUGGCUCUCCUGAAUCCGGUGCUCCUGAAUAUGGUACUCCCACCGAAGGCGCUCCAGGUGCUGGUGCCCCCGGUGCUGGUGGUCCUGGAGCCGGUGCCCCAGGCGCCCCCGGUGCAGGAACUCCCCCCUUCCCCAUGCCCAGCGGCGCUCGCCCUCCCUUUCCCAUGCCCACUGGCGGUCUUCCCUCCUUUCCCAUGCCCACCGGUGGUUUCCCCGGCGGCCCAGGUGGAUCAAGCGGGCCAGGUGGACCAGGCGGUGAAGCUCCCUACCCCGGCGCUCCCAGCGGUCCUGGAGGCGACAGCGAGGACGGCAAGCCUGGCGCCGGUGGCUUUUUCGACUGGCUCAGCGGUCUCUUGGGCAAGGGCAAGGGCGAGGGCGCCGGUCAAGGCGAGGGUGCCGGAAAAGGCGAUGGCGAGUCCAAGGGCGACUACUAA